CACACACACACACACACACAGAGAGGGCACGAGACCUCGAUUUCUCCAUCAUCUCAUUUAUUUAUUUAUUAAUACAGCGUUAAAUGUGCAGAUUUGUGCACCAUCUUCCUCCGCGGCUGAAGUAAUGCGCGGUCUUGGCUCGCGUCCCCGCUCAUGUUCAGUAAAUAAAUCCCGCCGCGCGCCCCCGCGGCGCUCGUGACCGCGCAGCCGAUGCUGGUGAGCAUGAACGCGGAUAUUUGUCUGCGCUUUGAAGUUCUCGGUUCUGACGGAGUUCUCUCGGGUGUGAUGGGGUCUCCGGUGGACGCACCUGUGGAGCCUGGCAGCAGGCUGUGAGCGGGCGAUCAGCGAGACUUUCUUUAGUAAUUGUUGGUAAUGAGAAGCAGCAGCUCCUCUGCCAGCUGGCGGGUCUCCAGAUGUGUGUGGCUGCUGAUUGGAGGAGGCUGUACUGGUGGGUGGUCCUCCAGUGGGUAGUGGGCGUGGCUUUAUCAGCACCCUGCGCUCAGCGCUGCGACUGUUUGCCAAAGCUCCUGAUAGUGAACUGUUCAUCAAGACAACUGUCUUCCGUUCCCGCAGGUGUUCCUGACAACACCCUGUCACUUAACUUAACCAGCAACCUCUUAAAGACUCUAUCAAGACGACAGUUCUCUGGCCUGACACAGUUACGCGAGCUGGACCUCAGCGAUAACGCACUAACAGCGAUCGAAGUCGAAGCUUUCGACGGUUUGCGGAAUCUCGUCGCGCUGAAUUUAUCCCGAAACCAUCUAAAGAUCAUCCCAGUCGGAGCCUUCUCCGGCCUCCGCGGCGUUCAGUUCCUGGACGUCAGCCGGAACGAGAUCUUGGUGCUCCUGGACAAUAUGUUCGGCGAGAUGCCGUCUCUCCAGAAGCUGGAAGCCAGUGAGAACGAUCUGGUGUUUAUCUCAAACCGCGCUUUCGACGGUCUUUCAGAUCUGCAGGAGCUAAACCUCGACCGAUGCAACUUGACGUCGGUGCCGACCGAAGCGUUUUCACGGCUCUCCGGAAUCAUCCGGCUGCGUUUGUGCCGACUUGGACUCACGACGCUUCCCAACAACUCCUUCCGCCAGUUGGGACGUUUACGUGAUCUCGAAGUUUCCCAUUGUCCUUGGUUGGACUCGUUAGCCACUAACAGUCUGUUUGGACUCAAUCUCACGUCGCUAAGGCUCAGCCACUGCAAUCUGAGCGCCGCACCGUAUUCCCCAUUGCAUCACCUCGUCUACUUGCGAUACCUGGAUUUAUCAUACAACCCAAUCACUAUUAUCCUUUCCAACCUUCUUGGGGAUUUGCUACGACUCCAAGAGCUGCAUCUAGUCGGUACAGGGCUUCUACGAAUAGAGCCUGGUGCUUUCCGCAACCUUGCGUUUUUCCGGUUCCUCGACGUGUCAGAGAACCGUCUGGCGACGCUGGAGGAGUCUGCGUUUCAUUCGGUCGCUGCUUUAGAGGUCCUUGGGUUGGACGGGAACCCAUUGGCAUGUGAUUGCCGGCUUCUUUGGGCGAUGCGCAGACGCCCGUGGCUUCGCUUCAAAGGAUCUUCACCAACUUGCGCAACACCUGUGCAGGUGCAAGGCCGGACGUUUGCUGACUUCACGGAGGCUGAGAUUCCUAGGUUGUUUACAUGCAGACAAGCUCGCAUUCUGACUCGCAAGCCGCAGGAUGUUCGGACAGAUGAAGGACAUACAGUUUUGUUCUUCUGCACAGCAGAUGGAGACCCGGCACCGUCGAUUAUUUGGCUGAAUCCCAAACGCUCUGUUCUUACCGGCUCGGGCCGGAUUCGCACACUCGCUAAUGGGACCCUGGAAGUGCGCUAUGCGCAAGUACAGGAUAGCGGGUAUUACCUGUGCAUUGCUUCGAACGCGGCCGGGAAUGACAGCGUCUCGGUGAGCCUGCGGGUGCGAGGGCUUCCAGCGUCCGCUCGCAACCGCUCCAGCUCGUUCUUUCUGGAAGGAUGGAGCUUUGCGUCUGGGCAAGCGGCGGUCAACGGAUCGCAGCCGUUCCCAUUCGACGUGAAGACGCUGGUGAUCGCGGUUACCAUGGGGUUCUUGUCGUUCCUGAGCUCGGUGGCCGUCUGCUUCAUCUUCAUGUUUUCCUGGAUCAAAACAAAAGGCAAAACAAAAAAAAAACCAACAACCAACUCCGCCCCGCGCAGCGCUGCUAUGGCGUCCCGAGGCGGACGGACGACGAUGGAGACGGGCAGGUUCACCAUGAAGCUGAUCUGAAAACUUGAGAACAUGAGAUGUUUGAGGUGCUACUAGAUAUCCACAGUUUCCCAUAAGCUUAAUCAUGAGGGUAAAAUAAAGGGGUAGUUCAACCCAAAAUGAAAAUUAGCCCAUGCUUUACUCACCCUAAAGGCAUCCUAGGUGUAUGUGACUUUCUUUUUUCAGAAGAAUCCAAUUUGUGUUAUAUUAAGAAAUUCUAGCUUCCGCUUACUAUCGUAGAAUAAUGUAGAACAUAUUAUAAUUAUGAUGUAGAAUAAUGUUCUGGGGUGAUGUAGGACAUAUACGUAGCAUUAGCUCCAGUUGAAAAGUGAUGAAUGCGGAAGCACGGAGGAGAGAUAACAACACAACACCAGUCACAAAUUACAUUUUAAUUUUUGGGUGAACUAUCCUUUUAAAAUGCAUUUAAUUGAGCUGCAUAAUGACAGUCAUCUUGUUUCUGGAGAAAUUAAGUAAGUUCUUAAAACCAGAGCACAUAUCUGCCAUUGGAUCAUUAAACAUAGACUAUUUCAAAGGGAAAACUUAUUUAUUUUUCAGAUCUCGUUGGUGGAUAUUUAUUCUUCAUUUUUGAGGUGCAGUAUGUAAUAUUGACAGCUAGUGGUUGAAAUGGGUACUGCAGUCCAAAUUCAUUAAUAUUGGAGAGAGCUGUUUCUUUGCACCUUCCUCCUGAGACUCAAUGCUUACACGGGUUGCCAGAUUGAGUAUACGCAAAAGAAACAAGCGCAAUUGACAAUGGAAGGUGACGAGCCUUAGACUGUAAGUUGAGUUGUUUUAUCCGUGUUUUAAUAUUCCUCUGGUCACAGAGCUUUUUGGAUGGAUGGAUGCUGAGGCACUUUAGAUCUGGUAGAAUCUGCGAUCUCUGACCCAGUUCAUUUGCUGGUUUUCAUGUUUUUAAUAUGUUGUGUUCUCCACCAACUGGCAACGUGGAGUGUCUAAAUCCUAUUGGGUGAACUGGCAGUGGGCGGAGUCACACAGACCAAAACAAAAACAGACAUUCCGACACAGAACUUACAAUUUAAAGCAGAAUAACCAGCUGUAGCAUUCUUUUUUUUAGAGAGAGAAACAAGAGUGUGAACUUAGCAUGUCUCCUUAAUAUCUGCAAAUGCAUUAUGGUAUUUUUAUGCUUAAGUAAAGUAAAAAAAAACUAUAUACAGCACCUUUAACCCUCUGAUUAUUUCACAGGUCAUUUUGACCCAUGUUUGAUUUUCAGAUUGCUUGAAACACUGGUUAAACUGUUUAUUUCUUCUUGAAAUUUUGUGAAUCUUCCUCAUUUAAGGCCAUGAAUGUGUAUGCAACAUCUCGACAUUCUGAUGUGUUUUGGAAAAGCUGUAUAAAUUUCGGUGAAUCUGAUGGUGUUCGGUGUUUCCAUUGGAUUCCAUGCAAUUUACCAAAAAUCAAUACUUUGCAAAGUCUCAGGUAAAAAACAAACAAACAACAGAAAACCUUUAGUGUAGCUUGUAUAUGAAAGACUAAAAUGUGAAAUAGAGUACACAGAAAUAAUAUAAUACACUCAAAGUUUAGUAGAAAUCAUCUUCUGAAUCAUGCAGGGAGAAUUUGCUGUUUCUUCAUCUGUUUUAUUUUCACGGUCUGUGAAUCUGUCAGAGGAUGUUCUGCAGAACUGAGUGUGAGAAACACAUUUUACCCUCACAAGGGUUUGAGAAGCAGAUAAAACAAAAAGAAAAGACUGUGAAUACUAUUUAUUUCUGUUCAUAGCCCAAGAACAAGUAAAGUGUGAUAAUAUUUAUAUUUAGCUGUAGUCAUUUGCACCUUUUUACACAUUUGCAGUACUGUUACUAAAAGUAGUUAAUAGAAGUAGUCAUGAAAAAAAAACAAGAAAAAAAUACAAUUUUAUAUAUAUGCUUACAUGAAUCUUUAGUGUUUUUAUAAUGGAUUUUUUUUGUUUUUUGGGGGGAAUUGCCUGGAAACCAAUGCGGUUAAUUCGACCACAAGCACAGUCACAAACUCACUUCAUUGUGUUCAGUUUCUCUGAAAUGAAGGCUUCUUCUGUCCAGUAAAUGUAAAAUCUUAAUUUUUAGAUUUAGAUAUUUGUACUGGAAAACAAAACAAACAAAACAUUUGGAUGCUACUGUGAUUGGCCUAAAUUAGAUUCCUGAUGAUCAAGUUUGCAAUAAUUCAGGUUUGUGAGCUGAGCUUUUUUUAAGGUUUCGAGGCUUUAAAUCAGAUCAUUUUAGCAUGAGCUGCAUGUGUGAGACGCUCUGAUCACAUUAUUAGCAUCAAUUAACCAGAGAAAGAGCAAUAAUGAGGCUUUAACUGGACAGAAAACACCAGGAGAAAAGAUCUCAGGUAAAAUCAGCUCAGUUUGAGAAGGUUCAAACAUGUUCAGUAAAUCCUGAAGUAAUUAAUGUAUUCCGUGUAUUAAAUGAAAUAUUGAAUGCGCUGCAUCUCAGGAUUGUGUGAAUGUCGGUUGCAUGUGUUUUUGUACGUUAUUAUAUUUUGCUGAUGAUGCUUUUAGAUACAAAAGCUGUGCAACUCUGUUGAUGCGAACUGUGUUUGCUGUGGAAAAUCACUAUUUAUACAUUUAUUGGCUUUAAUAACGGCUUUAUGCAAUCCAACUCAAAGCAAUAACGUCCCAUCAUGCACUGCUGUUUUAUUACCAUAAACAUUCAUUUGAUAAAAGUGGUUUAUUUGUUCGUGAGAUUCUGUCCGACUCUCUUGAAUUUGAUUUUAGUGUUUCAGAGUUUAUGAAGCAUCUCAUGUCUGUCAUUUGUUUUUUUGCAUAU